CCGACGCGGUCCCUCCGCGGAGCCCGUGUACCGACCUGCGGGUUCUUCCUUCGUUGCCGGCCCAGGUUAGCGCUAAGCCCUAGCUCACGACAGCCCUUUAAAAGAUGAAAAAGCCGAAGACUGUGUGGACGAUAAAAAUGUUGCAAUUCAUAUUCUGCCAUAGCCUUGGAUAUGAACUGAGGAUGGCUGUUCUUCUGAAGAGGUUGACGCUACAAACCUCAAUUGGAACAUGUUUCAGCAAACACAUUGUGAAGCCAGACCCAGCACAGCUGUCCCUGACUGCCUCCACCCCGAAGCUCUUGUACCUCAUUUUGGCCAAAGGUUUCAGUACUGAUGGAAACACCCCUGGUGAGAAGAAACAGAAAAGGAAAGAUGCUUUUACUAAUACUGGAAGGAAAAUUAGUGAGCGGAUUAUCCGUGUCCUGGAUGAGAAAGGCACUGACCUGGGAAUGAUGCACCGAGCGGAUGUGAUCAGACUCAUGGACAAGCUGGACUUGAGGUUGGUGCAGAGGAAUGCCAGCUCAGAGCCACCCGAGUACCAGCUCAUGACCGGAGAGCAGAUCCACCAGGAGCGGCUAAGGAUCCGGGAACAGGAAAAGACCAACCCCAAAACUGGACCAGCUGCGACAAAGGAACUCAUUUUUUCUUCAAAUAUUGGACAGCAUGAUUUGGACACAAAGAGUAAACAGAUUCAUCAGUGGAUUGAGAAAAAGUACCUCGUUCAAGUCACAAUAAAGAAGGCAAAAAAUGCUGAGCAGCCAAGGAAUGAGAUGGAUGAGAUAUUUAACCAGAUUCUCCAGACUAUGACUGCGAUAGCGACCUUCUCAAGCAGACCGAAAGCCAUUAGAGGAGGAACCGCCUCCAUGUGUGUUUUUCGUCCCUUGAGCAAGAAAGAAAUGAAGGCGUACAGACACACUCAGGAGACUGAGGGAACAGACACUUUGAACAAAGAUGACAGAAACAAGGAGUCAGAUGUGCUGUGUCAGGGACUUUAAUAAAAAAAUGCAGGCUUGUGAAGAAGCUCCUGCUGGCUGCCCUGGAGACCCUCUCGCAGCCAGUGGUACCUAGUGGAGGGUAAAUGAUGUAUCUGGCACCAGCAUCUUGCCUUCUGGGCUGCUGCUGAAGUCUGCAUUUUUAGACAUGGGGGAGUCUGCCUCUUGUUUCCUUUUAGGAGGGAAGUACCCACUGAGGCGAGAGGCCAAGCUCCGUCUUUCCUGAGGCCGCUUUACCUUUGGGAGUAAGGAUAACAGACAACUGAAUUCCCCGUCAGUUACUUGUGUCACAAUAACCAUCCUGGAUGGAUGGACCGACUCACACCUUUCAACAGGCAGACAUACACAUGUGGUAGGGAUGGGAGGACAUACGGCAAGCAGACAUCACAGCUGAGGGCUGGGCCCAGCAGCUCCACUUACUUUGAGCUUCACCCUCUUCCUGUCAGGAUCGUGCACAACGCUAUGCCUCAUGAGGCUUUGCUGCAGUGCAGGAAAAAGAAGGCUGCUUUAGAAACCCUUGGUCCAGGGCUGGAGAGAUUGCUCAGUGGUUAGAGCACAUGCCACUCUUGCAGGGGACCCAGGUUCAGUUCCCAGAAACCACGUGGCAGCUCACAACCACCUGUAUGUCGGUUCCAGUCAUUAGCUUUUUAAAAAAUUAAAAACUCUUGGUGUCUACUGAUAUUAAAAUGUCAUGAGAUGGUGGUACAAUAAACUACCAACUGCC